UCAGAAGAAUCGAAAAAGAACCGUCUAUAUGGGACAAAAAAACAUGAGGGUUACAGAAGCAAAGCGAACAAAGAUAAAGCCUGGAGUCGUGUGGUUGGAAAAACAGGAAUCCCAUUAGAAAUUGUUAAAGCCAAAUGGUCAUCCGUUCUAGGAUCGUUUCGACAUUACAAAGCACUGCACCUAAAAGAUCGAGGCCAUAGACCAAAUUGGUUCGCCUAUGAUGCAUUGAGUUUUAUGCUCAACUCAACAGAUAACGGAUAUCAACCGGAUGCCAUCGAGGACACCUCUGUCGCUGAGUACAUUGACGACCCUCGGGCUUCCGAGGAACAUUACGAAAGUGAACACAUGGAAGAAGAAGAAUACUUAUUGCAGAAUGAGACCCGUUCUCCGAAGAAAAGAACGCCGAUGAAGGAAGACGCGGUGGACAGUACUUGUUCUGACGAUUCGAAUAGUGCAGAAAUCUUGCGAAUUGUGCGCUCCAUGUCAAAAGUGUUAGACAAAAUGGCCAACGUUGGUAUGCCCGUUGACUAUGGACGCUAUGUGAAUCAGCAUCUGAAGGAAUACGACGAAGCGAUACGAAGAAAAACCGUUAAAGGCAUCAUGGACCUCAUCGCGGCUGCAAAUGCCGAAAUGGCAAACAAAUAUCCCGAGCGAAAAAUAUGCAAAACAUAACAAGAUGUGCGCUAUAUUCAAAAGCAGUUAGUUUUGUAAGCUUAUUUUAUGGAUUUUAUUUUUGUAUUUCAUCGCCGAAUUAUUCCGAUUUGAUUUAAACCGCUUGUACAUUUUGACGCAAUUUAUGUGCUGUAAAAUUGCUCUAAUAAAUUCAACGUAAAUGUUUCAUAUUUUAA